GCUAAUUGAAUUGCAAUGUUGCACAAAUUCGGUGGUUGUCUUGCAAUCAUUUAUUUAAGUAGCUUCAUUGUGCAUCAUGUGGAGACCAGGAAUAUCAGAAGUGAGCCGAAAUUGGAUGCAGCCGCGGAGUGCGGCUAUACAAGCUGCCAUCCAACGAAACCCAAUAUGCUGAAUGUGCAUCUUGUCGCACACACCCACGAUGAUGUUGGAUGGCUUAAAACUGUUGAUCAAUACUAUUAUGGAAGUGAAACACUGAUUCAGAAGGCCGGAGUGCAGUAUAUUAUUGAUUCCGUGGUGGAAUCCCUUUUGAGAGAUCCAAACAGACGAUUUAUAUAUGUUGAAUCGGCGUUUUUCUUUAAAUGGUGGAAGGAACAGACGAAAGAGCAGCAGGACAAUGUGAAAAUGCUGGUGAACGAGGGCAGGCUGGAGUUCAUAGGAGGAGCUUGGAGCAUGAAUGAUGAGGCUACCACUCACUAUCAAAGUGUAAUCGAUCAGUUUGCUUGGGGAUUACGGCAAUUAAAUGAUACGUUCGGACAAUGCGGACGACCACGUAUUGGAUGGCAGAUUGAUCCAUUUGGACAUUCCCGUGAAAUGGCUUCGAUCUUUGCCCAGAUGGGGUUUGAUGGCAUGUUCUUUGGUCGACUGGACUACCAAGAUAAGGACGAACGACUAAUGACGCAGAAGGCCGAAAUGAUUUGGCAUGGAUCCGAAAACUUGGAUGACAAAGCAGAUCUCUUCACUGGAGCCUUGUACAACAAUUACCAAGCACCGUCGGGCUUCUGCUUUGACAUACUUUGCGCCGACCAACCUAUCAUUGAUGGCAAGCACAGUCCCGACAAUAAUGUGAAGGAGCGCAUCGAUUCGUUCUUUGAGUUUGUCACUAAGAUGGCCAAAGGUUAUCGCACGCCCAACUUGCUUAUAACAAUGGGUGAGGAUUUCCAUUACCAGAAUGCUGAUAUGUGGUAUAAAAAUCUGGAUAAACUCAUUAAGUAUGCCAAUGAGCGACAAGCAAAUGGAUCGAAUAUAAAUUUGCUGUACUCCACGCCUUCGUGUUAUCUUAAGUCUCUGCAUGAUGCUGGCAUCUCGUGGCCGACCAAGAGCGACGAUUUCUUUCCGUAUGCAUCCGAUCCACAUUCCUAUUGGACGGGCUACUUCACCUCGCGGCCCACUCUGAAGCGCUUCGAGCGUGAUGGCAAUCACUUCUUGCAGACUUGCAAGCAGCUAAGCGCAUUGGCUCCAAAGCGCUCGGCAGAGUUUGAUCCGCAUUUGAAUUUCAUGCGAGAGACCAUGGGCAUAAUGCAGCACCAUGAUGCAGUCACAGGAACGGAGAAGCAAAAGGUUGCCCUCGACUAUGCCAAGCGCAUGAGUGUCGCUCUGCGUGCUUGCUCGACUAACAUAAGAUCCGUGUUGAAUCAACUGUCUAUUUCAUCCGAUAAAGUCAGCCCACAACCAACUAAGUUUGAAUUCAAGACGUGCACUCUCCUUAACAUAAGCAGCUGUGCCACAUCCGAGCUGAACAAUCGAUUUGCACUGACGCUGUACAAUCCACUGGCUCAGUCGACCAAUGAGUACGUAAGAGUACCUGUUGCGGAUUACAAGUAUGUUGUAAUCGACCCGGCCGGUAAGAGACUGCCAACAACAGUGGUGCCUGUGCCAAAAGCUGUGACCAAAAUUCACCAUAGAAACUCAAGCGCCCAAUAUGAACUUAUUUUCUUGGCAUCCAACCUACCUGCCGUGGGAUAUAAGACCUACUAUAUCGAAAGGUCCGAUUCGAUUCCUAUCAGUGGCAAACCUUCGCCUUCGCCAAAGAAAACUUCUAGUUAUACUGUUAUCGGAAACAAUAACAUUAAGCUAACAUUUGAUACCAAUGGAUUCCUCGCUUACGCCACAGCAGAUGGAAUGACGCGCACGAUUUCCCAAGAGUUUUUGUACUACAUAGCUGCAACUGGAAAUAAUGCAGAGUUCUUAAAUCGUUCGUCGGGUGCCUAUAUUUUCCGGCCUGACAAAAAUCAAAUACGCCUCGCCACAGAUAAAGUCUCUAUAGAAGUGUACAAGGGUCCACUAGUGCAAGAGGUCCAUCAACAGUUCAACAGUUGGAUAAGCCAAGUGGUUCGCGUCUAUAAGCAGAGCAAUCAUGCAGAGUUCGAGUGGUUGGUGGGUCCCAUUCCCAUAGAAGAUAAUAUUGGAAAGGAAGUCAUAUCGCGCUUUACAUCUGACAUUAAGUCUGAUGGCAUAUUCUAUACUGAUUCAAAUGGUCGCGAAAUGUUAAAACGUCGACGAAAUCAUCGUGAAACGUGGAACGUUAAGAUUCACGAAUCUGUUGCCGGCAAUUACUAUCCCGUGACAACGAAAAUCGCCUUGGAGGAUGACAUCGCGCGUAUGGCUAUUCUGACAGACAGAGCUCAGGGUGGUAGCUCUUUGGAGGAUGGUGUCUUGGAACUGAUGGUACAUCGUCGGUUGCUGCACGAUGAUGCAUUUGGUGUGGGGGAGGCCCUGAACGAAACUGAAUACGGCGAGGGAUUAGUUGCGCGAGGCAAGCACCAUUUGUUUGUGGGUAAAUCCUUACAACGUCCCGAGGUCUCUCUAAAGGCAAUCGAGCGUUUAGUGCAGCUGGAGACCUUGCUGCCCUCGUGGAAGUUUUUCAGCAAUGUGUCCUAUAGCUCGGAUCAGUGGCUCACCUCAUUCACAAACACAUACAGUGGCAUUUCAGCAGCUCUACCAAAAUAUGUGCACUUGCUUUCCUUGGAGCCUUGGCACGAGAAGGAGCUACUCGUCCGCUUUGAGCAUAUACUGGAGAAGAAAGAUGGCACGCGCUAUUCGCAAUACGUUCAAUUCAAUAUUAAGGAUGUACUGGGUUCACUCAAUAUUGAAAAUAUACGAGAAACAACGCUGGAUGGAAAUGCGUGGCUAGACGAACAUCGGCGCAUGGAGUUUGUACCUGAUCCCGAGGAUGAGGCAUACAACAAUUAUGGCACAUUUAGGAAAUCAUCAAAGGCUGUUCAUUUGCUAUCUGCAGCGAAGCCAAUGUUAGAAGCUCGGUACUCAAAGGAAACCCUUGAAGCUGGACAGCUAGGUGCUGAAAGCAACCGAAUCAAACGCAGUGCCAACUCACAACAUUUUACAAUGCACCGAAAGCGCCCGCAGGUAUCUGGCUCAGAUAAUUUAAACAAAUCUAUGCCGUCAUCUGAACGUGAUAAGUAUCUCAUAGAGCUUAGCCCAAUGGAGAUACGCACUUUUAUCGUGUAUUUGCAAAAAUAGAAAUGUAGAAAACAUUCUAAAGCACAGAAUAAAUAAUCAAGAGCAAAUGAA